CAAUAAGCAUUUCACUUUUACGCAAAUACGCAGACAGCUGUCGCUGUCAAACUGAGCAGGUAUUGUUGAAAGAUAAAUUGAACCAGCCAGUUGGAUAUUUUAUUUAAGGAUUUUUGUUUUUUUGAAAGAAAAUUUACGAAAUGUCUAAUGAAAACACACUAGAUUUACAUUACGUACACGAAUGCUUUCGGAAGAGCUUAAAAGAGAAUGAUGACGUGGUAAUUGAUGCGUACAUAGAUGGAUAUAAUGAAUUAGUAAAGUUCUUGAACCUCAUCGGGACAGUAUUUUCUUUUGUGAGUAGCGAUGUGAAAAGUAAAAUAAAGGUUAUGGAAAAGCUUAAAAGUGGAGACGAUGCUGUAUACUAUGAAUCUUUCAAGAAAAUGAUGAAGUAUGAAAAAGAGACCAGUUUGCACGAAAAGAAUGGUUUUGUAUCGGGAUCAAGGACGAUGUUGCGUUUGCAUCGAGGGCUGGAUUUCAUCCGAGUAUUUUUAAAACGAAUAAGUGAAACAGAAGAAGAUAUGAAUACUUGCACUACAUGUCAGGGUUCCUAUAAUGAGACCUUAGCUGAAUUCCAUCCAUGGUACAUAAGAAAAGCUGCAACACUUGCAAUGCAUGCCCUGCCUUCCAGACAAGAUUUAUUAAAAAAGAUCUUUGGCUCGGAAGAUGAAUUAACAGAGGCGAUGUCAGUUUUACCACAAACUCUAGAAUCCUGUGACGAAGUAUACCAAAGAGUACAUCAACUCUAUACAGACUUUGAUUUUCACGGCUUGCCAUAGACUGUAAAUUGGGCGGCUAAGAAAAUGUUCAGAGGUAGUUGAAAAAUUGCUCAAAGACCUGCCUAAUUAGCUUAUAUGGAGCGUUAAACUUAAAUUAUCUGCUUUUGUGGCUUUCAAAGCUGCUUUCAAUGUGAUCAAAUGUCAAUAAUAUUUUAACCAUUGUAAAUUACUACAAUCGCGGUAUUGAUGUGCAUUUUAAAAUAGUAUAUAAUUUUGUUAUAAGUAAUUCCUUUUAGUAUAAUUACCUAGUCAUACAUCUUAAUACAUUUUUUAAAGUACAAUAUUAAAUAUCUAGAAGGCAAUCGAAAUUGUCGUCAGUUUAGGUUUUGUUUAUCUUUGAAACUGAGAAAUAUUUUUUAAUAGUGUAUAAUUUUCAAAACAAUUGAACAUCGAACCAAUUCGACUUAGGGUCAAACAAGAAAGGAGUGUAUUCAUUCUUAAAAGGCCAGCAACGCACAAGCGAGACGCACCCUCUGGAGAGUGUCCAUGGGCGGCGGUAUCACUUAACAUCGAAUGAGCUUCCUGCCUGUUAGAUGGACAGAAGAAAAUAAAAUUAAAGAAAUAAUACUGUAAUAAUAUAUAAUUAAAGAAAAAUACUUCUAUUUUAUGUAUUAUCUAAAUUGCAGUGAUACAAUUUAUUUCUCGCGUUAAAAGGACCAGUUGAAUUCUUAUAAUUCGCCAGUUUAGUAUAUAAGCGAACACGCGAGUUGAUUUUUCUUUGUUAACGUAACUAUGACAUGUGAUAUAUAUAUCAGAUGAAGAAGCCUGAGGUUUAAAUAAGUCUAAGUACUACUGUAAAGUAUGAUCUCAAACCAGAUAACUACCCCUGUUGUUUCUAGCCCCAUUUUUUUAUUUGCGGACGUAAUUAAUAAGCUGGCAUGGUAAUGCGAACAGGCGUUGAACAUAUUUUUUUCUAAAUUCACUGUACAUUGCCUUACAAACUUUUUGUUAAAAAAAGCCUUUGAUUUGCUUAAAUAUAUACAUAAAUAGGAUUGAAAUUUCUUAUUGUCGAUCAUAACUUUUGUUUAUCUAAAUCAUAACAUUGUGUCAGCUAUAUCUAUAUAUUUUAAAUGCGUAAUGUAAAAACAGAUUAUAGAAAAAAAGUUGGUUGAAUAACAUAGAUAAAAUGCAUACGUAAGUAUUAAUUUACUUAAAAAAUAUUAUUUCUGUUAUCUAUGGAAAACGUGUUCCGAACAACUACGAGUAUGUGUACUAGAACAAAAGCGUUUAAAGUACGUUAUAAAACAAUUCAUAUACAGUAUUUAGUAAAAUUUUCGAUGUAUAAUUCUUUCAGAGGCUUAAAUUGUAUAGAGGUGCUAAAAAAACGCUAAGGAUAAUUAUAAAACCAGUUCAAGAUUAAUUUAAUAAUAUAUAGAAUAUCUGCGUCAAUAAUUAUUAAGUUAUCAUAUCGUGCAAUACCUAUUUCUAUUAGUGCUACGAAAUUAGAUGUAGCUAGAUAAUCAAUGUUUCACAGGAAUUCUUCUGCAGUUCAUAAUGAAAUAUGAAGCAUAAUUCCGGACCAAUUGGCUAAAAUUCGAGCUCAAAAGUAACAUUUGCUCACAGUAAGCUCAUUGUAGUACCAUCAUUUAAAUGAAUUCAGUUUUAAAUAAUAUGUAAAAUGUUUUUAUUAGAUACAGUAUUAAUCUUCAAUAUAUUAUGUUCCUUUUUAAUUUACCUAACAUUUUUAUUGAUUUAUUUCAUUUUUAUCCUAUUAUACUUUCAAAUGUUUUAUAGACUUGUUAGUUAUUUUUAAGCUUAACGUACUUAGAUAUUAAGGUUUUAUCGUGUUUGGCGCUAGUGUUGCAUAAGUAUUCCAUGUUUGGCAUUCCCAGUCCUAUGGUGGAUUUGUAUAUUUCCAAUAAAGCGUUAUGAAUAAA